AUGUACAAGCUCAUCGUCGUUGGGUUACUCGCGGCCUCCGCCGCGACCGCGUCGGCCGCGUCGCCGCCGUCGCGUGAUGUAAAGAAUCACGAUCGCGCCGCCGCCAAUUUGGUGGCCAAGUCCGACGACAAGGAGCUAGAAGAGCUCAGAGUCUCGCUACCCAACCUCCGCGGCACCGUCUCGGCGACGCGGGUGCUCUCGGACCUCACGGAGGCCGAGAACCGCCGCGGCCUCCAGGGUAAGGGCAACAAGGAUGAAGAUGAGGACUCGGAAGAAGACGAGCAGGAGUCCGACGAGCAGGAGGAGGACUCGGAGGAAGGCGACGAGGAAGAGGACCAGGACGCCAGCGACGAGGAAGAGGACUCCUCCGAGGGUGGCGACGAGGAAGAGGACAACUCCGAGGGCGCCGACGAGGAAGAGGACAACUCCGAGGGCGCCGACGAGGAAGAGGACAAUUCCGAGGGUGGCGACGAAGAAGAGGACAACUCCGAGGGCGCCGACGAGGAAGAGGACAAUUCCGAGGGUGGCGACGAGGAAGAGGACAAUUCCGAGGGUGGCGACGAGGAAGAGGACAAUUCCGAGGGUGGCGACGAGGAGGAGGACAAUGCCGAGGGUGGCGACGAGGAGGAGGACUCGGAGGAGGACUCCGGAGAGGACGCCGACGAGGAAGAGUCCAGGGGCUGCGCGGGCAUCGGCGAGGCGUGCAAGGUCGAAGGCGACUGCUGCGACGCGCCGCCCAACGGAUGCUUCACGAAGAAGAACAACAACGGGCGCGGGACGUGCGAGGCCUCAUGCCCCGCCGACAAGGCCUACAAGUGCUACAAGAAGCCGGACGAGGUCGCCGAUCGGGACGGCGGCGACGGCGCGUGCAAGGACGACGGCGGCUGGGAGAAGCACCCGGCGAAGAAGGGCAAGACCCUCGACUGCGACUGGGUCGCGAAGUCCCCGAAGAAGCGCUGCAAGAAGAAGAACAAGGGCGGCACGAAGGCGUCGAAGGCGUGCGCGUGCGCCUGCGCGUGA